UAAAAGAAAUCAACAAUAUAAAGGACAACAAAUAAAAAAUUUAAGUUUAAAUCAUAAUACAAUAAAACUAAUAAUAAAUAUUUAUUAAACAAUCAAUAAAAUAUUUUAAAGAUUAACCAAGAACAGUUUAUGAAUCAACAGUAACAAAUAUAAUAAUAUAAAACAAAGUUAAAUAUGAAAAAAUAAUAAAUUUAAAAUGUUAAUAAUAAUAAAAUAAUUAUAAUAAUAAUAUAAUUAUAAAUAGUAACAAAAAUGCUGAACUUUUAUUAAAAUACUUAUUAUUUAAAAAAAAAUCAAGUUGGACUAAAUAUAGUUUAUGAUUAAGCGGUAAUAAAUGUAUAAAAAUAAAAUAAGAACAAAUAUAAAAAAGUUGAACAAAUUACAAACGAUUUCCAUUCGUUCUAGAACUAGUUCCUAGGUUAAAUAUAAAUAUUAUCAAUCCAAUAUAAUUUACAAUUAUUGUUUUUGCUAAUGAAUUUACAAAUGGCCUCCACAAGUUCUGCUAAUAAUAAUGCAACUACGACAUCAGAAGAUAAUGGUGCUAAGACUGAUCGUUCUAUGUCGCCUACAAUUAACAUUAAUUUCGACACAGAUGAUGGCUUAAAUAUUCGAUGUCCAUAUAUAGAUUUUUGGGAAAUUUCUAAUAAAAAGAAAAUUGGACGUGGUACUUUUGGUGUGGUCUACAAGGCAGUUUUACGUGAUAAAAAUGUGGCUGUUAAGGAAUUUGAUCGCAAUACUGAGAAAAAGAUCAUUGAAAGAGAGAUAAAACAAUUGUCUAGGGUAAAGCAUCCCAAUAUUAUUGCUUUGUAUGGCAUAUCCAGUAAUGAGAAGACCAAUUAUAUGAUCAUGGAAUAUGCCGAAGGUGGUUCGUUGCAUCAAUUUUUGCAUGGUAAUAAAAAGCCGAAUUAUUCGAUGGCUCAUGCCAUAGGUUGGGCACGCCAAUGCGCAGAAGCCCUUGCCUACAUGCACGCCAUGAAACCUAAGCCACUAGUGCAUCGUGAUUUGAAACCGCUCAAUCUUUUGCUUGCCGAUAAAGGAAGAUAUCUGAAAAUUUGUGAUUUUGGUACAGUUACCGAUCUCGAAUCCCUUAUGACCAAUAAUAGUGGUUCUGCUGCCUGGAUGGCACCAGAAGUUUUUGAGGGUUCAAAGUAUACAGAAAAAUGUGAUGUAUACAGUUGGAGCAUUGUGUUGUGGGAGAUAAUAGCUCGGGAAAAACCAUUUAAAGAUUUCGAUAAUGCAUAUUGCAUAUUGUGGAAAAUACAUGAAGGAGAACGACCAUCUCCAAUACCCGAUCUACCAGAACCCAUUAAACAACUAAUGUAUUCUUGUUGGUCUAAAACACCAGAAUUAAGACCAUCUAUGCAAUACGUGGUAGAGAAAUUGAAUAUAUUAAUACAAGAAUUUCCAGGAGCAAAUAAACCCUUAAAUUAUGAUUUUAUUAAUCAUGAGUUUGUCUGUGAUGAUGGGUCUAUAGGCGAAGAUUCUUUAGAUUCUUCUAAUGACAAUACAUUUCUUAAUGCACCAUCAUCUAGACUUAAUGUUUCAAUGGUUCCUAGAAAUUUCCAAAUAUCAACAUUGUCUUCGCCAUUUAACAGUGGUAAAGAGGUCACUGAGACUUCACCAUCUGUAGAGGCUGGUGCCUGGUCGGAUCCGUCUUUGCCGCCCGUUAUUAACAUUGCUAUUGAAACCAGUGAUGGUUUAAAUAUUCUAUGUCCAUAUAUAGAUUUUUUGGAUAUUUAUUUGCAAGAGGAAGUUGGACGUGGUACUUUCGGUGUGGUGCACAAGGCCAGUUGGCGUGAUCGUUAUGUGGCCGUGAAGAAAUUUAAUUGCAACUCUAAAAUAAAUGCCUUCGAAAUACAAAUAAAACAAUUUUCCAGAGUAAAACAUCCCAAUAUUAUUGCUUUUUAUGGCAUAUCCAGCAAUGAAAAGUCAAAUUAUAUGAUCAUGGAAUAUGCCGAAGGUGGUUCAUUACAUCAGUUUUUGCAUGGCAAUGAAAAGCCUUACUAUUCGAUGGCCCAUGCCCUGAGUUGGGCACGUCAGUGCGCAGAGGCCGUUGCCUAUAUGCAUGCCAUGAAACCUAAACCUCUAGUACAUCGUGAUUUGAAACCCCUCAAUCUUCUGCUCACCGAUAAGGGAAGAUGUCUGAAAAUAAGUGGUUUUGGUACAAGUAACGAUCUUGUAACCAUAAUGACGAAUAAAAGAGGUUCUGCUGGCUGGAUGGCACCAGAAAUUUUCGAGAGUUCCAGGUAUACAAAAAAAUGUGAUGUAUACAGUUGGGGCACUGUGUUGUGGGAGAUGAUAGCUCGAGAAGAACCCUUUAAAGAUACCAGUAAUCCAUAUGGCAUACUGUGGAAAAUAAAUAAAGGAGAACGACCACCUCCAAUAGAUAAUCUACCAGAAUCUAUAGAACAAUUAAUAAAAUCUUGUUGGGAUAAGAAACCGGAAUUAAGACCCUCUAUGGAAUACGUAGUUGAGAGAAUGGAAAUCCUAAUGCUAGAAUUUCCGGGAGGCGAUGAACCCCUACAUUAUUAGUUAAUUAAUCAACAGGUAUUUAUACAAAAAUAUGUAUAAAUGUUAUUUUUCUACAGAUUAUCGCCUGAAUCCACAGGCGAUGGUUUUACUUCAGAUUCUUUCAAUUACAAUUUAAAUUACUUAAGGACCAUAACUAAAAAUUUAUUAAUUUUGAACUAAAUAAUGCAAAUAUCCGCUUGUUAAAAUCCUUCAGAUAUUUUUAUUUUUAAUAUUUUAAACCUACCAAAUAAAUCAAUACACUGUUAUAUAAAAUA